AUGUGGAAGAUUUUCGGUUCGCUCUUCCUCAUCUGUCUCUCAUCGCACACCCAAGCCAGCUUCUUCCAUGGCCCACCCUCGCCUGUCGCCGUGAAUACCGUGUAUAGCGCCCCACCUACACUCACCUAUGCUGCUGCACCACCUCAACACGUUACAUACUCUGCACCACCACCACCACACUUCAAAUACGCUACGCAACACAUUAGCGCCUACUCAGCGCCAGCUCCAGUUAUCAAGUAUUCGUUGGGCCCACCUGUAACCACUACAACCACCACCUACUCAGGAUUUGCAGCACCGCCGCAGCAGCCUGUUCUGCACGUGGCCCAGGCACCACAGCCCGUUGUACACUACGCAGCACCACCGCCACCACCACCACAACCGGCUGUAAUUGUAGCUCGUUAUGCUCCACCACCGCCUCCACCGCCGGCACCCACCUACACCCGAGUGUCGGUCCAUGCCCCGCCCCCCGUGGUUACCUACGAGGCGCACGCUCCAGCACCGGCUGAGCUACCGUGCGACACAGCCGCCUGGUGA